AUGUUUCGCCGCGUGUUUUCUACCGUUUCACCCGAACACGCCAAAAAGGUUUUGGCCAAAGGUCUUCCAAAACAAAAACCAAUAGAAAACGUUGGCAAUAUCAUUAUGGUUUCAUCUGCUAAGGGUGGUGUUGGCAAAUCCACCGUUGCAGUAAAUUUGGCUAUCGCAAUGAGUAAAUUAAAUUCGUCCAAGCAAAUUGGACUUUUGGAUUCCGAUGUGUUCGGCCCGUCAAUCCCACAUUUGAUGGGGGUCAGUGGUAUCCAACCAGAUACAGACGAUAAAAAUCGCAUUGUUCCUCUGCAAAACUACGGGAUUAAAUGCAUGUCCAUGGGAUCGCUUAUUAGUAAACAAUCAGCAGUUGUGUGGCGAGGAUUGAUGGUCAUGCAGGCUGUGCAAACCUUACUUCGACAGGUAACUUGGGGGUCCUUGAAUACCUUAGUAAUCGAUACACCACCAGGAACGGGGGAUGUACAUCUUUCCCUUGUUCAAAAUGUACCGAUUAAGGGAUCUCUUAUCGUCACUACAUCACACCCCCUUGCUCUAUCCGACACUCAACGUGGCAUUGAGAUGCUUUUAAAGCUCAACGUUCCUUUGUUCGGCAUCGUCGAAAACAUGGCUCAUUUUGUCUGUCCCAGCUGUAAAUCUGCAUCAAACCUUUGGAGUGGUGCGGGUUCUACUGAACUGAGCGGUUCAGCCAAAUUAGCAGAUGAGUACAAGUUGCCCCUGCUUUGUCAAAUCCCUCUCGAACCUAGUAUUUCUAGUGGAAAUGAAAAGGGCAUUCCUGUAGUUCUCUCUCAUCCUGACUCCAUAACUGCGGUCACUUUUAUGCAACUUGCCAAACGUGUCGACGAAUCUCUUCAAUAG